CAGGGUGGGGACAAGCAAGCUGCUAGCAUGGAAUCAUAGAAUGUCUGGAGUUGGAAGGGACCCACAAGGAUCAUGGAAUCCAAGUCCUGGCCCAAGACAGCCCCAGGGAUCUCAUGAGCCUGAGACAGAAGAAAACGGCCUCCCAUGCUGUGACAGAGCUGGAGAGCACCAAGGAUUGCAGCCAGGCCGGGAAGCCUCUCCUGUGCCCGUCCCAUCCCACGGAGGAGCUGCAGCUGUUCUGCGAGCAGUGUGAGCAGCCCGUGUGCCGGGACUGCGCGCUGGGCAGGCACCGCCAGCACCCCUGUGACCUCGCCAGCAAUGUCAUCCACCGGCACGGGGAUGCCCUGCGGGAGCUGCUGCAGAGCAGCCAGCGGCACUUGGACACCCUGGAGGAUGUGCUGAGCCAGGUCGAUGAGAUGGGCGGCGCUGUCCGCAGCCGCGCAGAGGCUGUGGCCGCGGAGAUCUGCCUCUUUGCCAGGGGCUACGUGAAAGCCAUUGAGGAGCACCGGGACCGGCUGCUGAAGCAGCUGGAGGACUUGAAGGUGCAGAAGGAAAACCUGCUGCACUUGCAGAAGGCGCAGCUGCAGCAGCUGCUGCUGGACAUGAGGACAGGCGUGGAGUUCACGGAGCACCUCCUGAUGAGCGGCUCAGAUGUGGAGAUCCUGGUCUCCAAAGGGGUGGUGUCCAGCCGUCUGACACAGCUCAACAGCGUUGCUUACAGCACCCACCCCAGCGUGGAUGACAGGAUCCACUUCUCCCCCCACGAGAGGGCAGGGCAGUGCUCUGGCUAUGAAGUUUUUGGGGCCAUUCUCAAUAAAGUGGUCGAUCCAGCCAGAUGUACCCUGCAUGGGGAAGAUCUCCACAGUGCCCGUCAGAGCCAGCUGAGUGGCUUUACCCUGCUGUGCAGGGACACUGCGGGUGAGCGCUUGGGGCGGGGAGGAGAGGCUGUGCGCGUCACCAUCACCCACAGGGACAAGAGCCACUGUGCAGUCAAACCAACAGUGUGUGAUAAUGGUGAUGGGACCUACUGUAUUUCCUACAGCCCUGAGGAGCCAGGCUUGUAUGCUGUCUGCGUCUGUGUGAAAGGGCAACACGUGCAGGGCUCUCCCUUCACUGUGACGGUGAAGCCCAAGUUCCGUGAGCACCAGGGGGUGUUUCACUGCUGCACCUUCUGCUCCAGUGGAGGCCACAAAGCCGCUCGCUGUGCCUGUGGUGGCACCAUGCCAGGUGGGUACCAAGGCUGUGGCCACGGACACAAAGGUCACCCUGGCUGCCACCACUGGUCAUGCUGUGGACAAGUGAAGGAGAGCUCAGAGUGUUUGAGUGGGCCCCCCAGUGACACCUCACAGAGGAGUUUGCUCAGGACAGUGGCACUCUGAGCAGCCAGGUGAGCUCCUGGGAGUCCAGGCCACUGCUGCUGGCUGCUCCAGGAGCACAGAUGAUCCAUGAGGAUCCAUAUGAUCGAUCCCUGCACAGCCUUGCUGCCAGCAAACAGCGUGAUGGGUGUGAGUUGAGAAAGGGGGAAUGAGGGAAAAUAAAAACUGUGCCUUAUGUUCCA